CAUGCCAGCCCACCGACUUCCGCGACGUGUGUUGUUUGCGCGCCGGGGGUGUGGAUGGAAGAAGAGGAGGGGUGGCCAAGCGAUGACUUGGUCCAGAGGAAUGAAGACCCUCACUUCGAAGCUGGCCUCGGUUGGAGCGUCUCGGCUCCCUGGUUGGGGUCCGAAAGACGAUGAACACGUUUGGUUGGACACACUUGCUGAUAUGGCUAGGAGCCGACCUCAGUGGCGUUCGUGCUGUGAGUUUCUUUGUCCCACCCCAUCCCUCUUAGCCUCCCCCUCCAACCACGAUCUCAUUACUUAGCCUUAUAUAAUUUUGCAUAAUAAUUUUUUUG